AUGGCUAGCUUCACUAAUAUGGAGUCGAUGGACCCCUUAAGGGAUCGCUUUAAUCAUUUCUUCCAGCAGGAUGCUGAACGAGCACAGCUUAUCCAGGAUAUAUUAGAGAAACUCCAUCAGGAUAAAGCGCGCCUAGAUGAACUUACCAUUGAACUCGAGCAUGAACGAGAAUCACGCAUUAGGUACCUCUCAGAACUCCGCGACCUGCGGGAACAGAGUCGGCAAUGGGACCACAAAAUUAAUAAGGACCCCUAUGUCGCAGUCCUUGUCGAUGGUGAUGGAGCUAUUUUCGAUGAUGAGCUGCUUCAGAAUCCUCGCCAAGGAGCGCCCGAGGCAGCUCUGCGACUCACCCACGCAGUGAGAAACUAUCUUAAGAAUACACCAUUUGGCUCUGAGGACGUCCCUAUUGUCGUGCGCAUCUUUGCAAAUCUCAACGGUCUGGCUAAGUCGCUUGUCCAGUACAAUGUGAUCGAUUUCGAGGACAAGAUGCGGAUGUUCGCUGAGCUAUUUACUAACAGCCGUGCCGAGUUCGACUUCGUCAACGUCGGCCAUGGUAAGGAGAACGCCGACUCUAAGAUGAGAAGGAUGUUCAGCCAUUUCUAUAAGAAUUUCCAGUGCAAGAAGAUUUUCUUCGCUGGUUGUCAUGAUAACGGAUAUCUUCAUGAGCUGCGUGAAUACGCAGGAGAAUCGGCCAGGCAGCGCAUUGUUCUUCUGGAGACGACUCCCGCGCAGCCUACCUUCAUUCACAUGGGCUUUCCCGUGACCCGUUUUGACACCGUCUUUCGUACUGAGGUUCUUGGAUCGCCACCUAUUCCUCCUGCUUCCUUGGCAGUGCAGCGAACCCAACCGCCUACUGUGUCGAUGAACAACCCGGGGGUUGUCCCACAACAACAGAUUGCAGCUUCUCCCGUCAUGAGUAAUGGGGCUCCUGUUGUACGAUCGGCCAGCACCCCCACUGCCCGGAUCGAUUCUCCUGCACCGGUCCCUCCGGCCGCUCCGAUCAGGCAAGAUUCUCCUGCCAUCAUAGCUUCCGGCAAUGGCGGUGUCUCAAUCCAGUAUCCUACGUAUGCUACCGCCGGGAAUGCCAAGGGCCACCAGAAUGUAGUUAUCGCCGCAGCUUCUAAGACCAAGGAACCUCGUGUCAUACAUUAUAAUUCUGGCGGACAACGGAUCGACCCGCCGAAUAACAAACCCCAGAACGCACAUGAUCAACGAACGUACAACGAGAAGAACUUGAAGAUUAAACCCAAGGGGUUUUGCAACGAGCUCUUCUUAGCGGACGGCUGCCAGAGAGGACCAAACUGUCCACUGGAGCAUGAAAUCAAACUUACUCCAGGCGAGCGGGCCGUCCAUAGAUGGAAGGCCCGUGGAAGCCUGUGUUCCAAUGGUCCAUACUGUGAGAGCUACCGCUGCUACCUGAGCCAUCAUUGCCCAUUUGGGCCUGGUUGCGCACGCGGCUCGGAAUGCAAGUUUAAAGGAACGCGAUGGGGUGACUUGCACUAUAGCAAGGCCGAUCUGGAACCAGACACUCGGUGGGUUGAAGGUCACGAUUUUCCCACGAGAAUUGGGUCCGCUUAA